AUGGAAGUGGAGUCCUGUGUCCCUCCAGGUUUUAGAUUCCACCCAACAGAAGAGGAGCUUGUGGGUUACUACCUAACAAGGAAAAUUUUUUGCCAGAGGAUUGAUAUGGAGGUUAUCACAGACAUAGACCUCUAUAAAAUUGAGCCAUGGGAGCUCCAAGAUAGAUGCAAGCAUGGGUACGAGGAGCAAAAUGAGUGGUAUUUCUUCAGUCAUAAGGAUAAAAAGUAUCCAAGCGGAACUCGCACAAAUAGGGCCACAGCUUCUGGAUUCUGGAAAGCAACUGGGAGAGACAAGGCCAUUUUUUCUAAGUCUUCUAAAGUAAUUGGAAUGAGGAAGACACUUGUCUUCUAUGAAGGCCGAACGCCACAAGGCAGAAAGUCAGACUGGAUCAUGCAUGAAUAUCGACUUCAUACAAAUGAACUAGCACCUAAUUCUCAG